AUGGCCUUUGCCCAACAGACUGUCCCAGCGACUGGCCGCGCUGGACCCCUCUACAAGCCCGCACUCAGAGACUUCUUGGCCGGGAGACGUUGUCUUGGGGAAUGGUUCACCCGGUUGGCCAAGGAGUUUUUGGAGGAAUCUGCAGCAGUUCUUGAUGCUUGA